UUGGAAAACGAGACACCACUAUCGGGGACAAGACAAGACUCUAUAAAUUAUUGUACUCUGUGAACACAACACUCAUCAAGACUCAACACAGUGCAGUGACUAAUUUCAGAAAAUUAAUAUUUCUAAUCAAUCUAAAAAUUUAAUUUUAUCAUCAGCCCUCUGAACGAGAUAAGAACAACGAUAUGAGAUAAUUUGAAGGACUCCUGUCCUUUGGAUCGCCUCAUUAAUGGUGAACAAAUCAUAAACUAUAAUGCUAAUACUAUAAUAAUAUGAACUGAUCAAUAAAUCACAAUGACUGAAACAGUACCAGCUUUAACAACUCCAAUCUCCCUGUCAACAUAUCAUCAACUCAGUCUUACAGUUGAAUCAGCAAACAUCAAGAAUUCUGGGCUUUUCAAACCAAAUCCAUAUUUACAAGUGAUAAUAGAUGACAAAAUAUCAAGACGCACUGAAGUUAUAAAGAGUACUUUGCACCCAAAAUGGAAGGAAGACCUAACUGUGCUUGUAACACCACAGUCCCAGCUAUUGUUCCGGCUUGCAGAUUACCAUAGUUUCAGAAAAGAUAAUGUUAUUGGUGAAAAAAGAGUAAAUUUGCUAAAAGUUUUGCUAUAUUGCAAUGGAAAAUGUGAUAAUGUGGAGUUGAUUAUAGACUUGAUGAAAACUGUGUCACAAGAAAACUCGUCUACUGUAAGUGGUGAAGUAAAAGCAGCCGAAUUGGUGGUACUUCUGGAUGGACUACGAGUAGACCCGUCAGUUUUAAGUCAGUCACGUGAAAUACUUGGAGAAUCUACCAACAGCAGUGGCCCUCUUAAUGACGGAGUGAGGGCAAGAAUUAGAAUUCGAAACAAUGAGUCUGCAAUGAGAUCUAUUGUUCGCUCACAAAAUCUUCGACCUCCACCGGGCCCGCCGCCGUUAAGCAACGGCACAUUGCAGCAUGGCGGGCCGAGUGGAACCAGUGGCGUGAGCACGGCGAUGAGCGCCAGCGUGGCGGGCGGCGCGGCCGCGGCCGCGGACGGCGGCGCUGGCCCGUCACACGCCGAGCCCGAGCCCGCUGCGCCCGGCCUGCCGGUUGUUUAUGCCAACCCCGCCGAGGAGCCGCUACCAGCCGGCUGGGAAAUGCGCUAUGACGUGUAUGGACGGAGAUACUACGUGGACCACAACACGCGGUCGACGUCGUGGGAGCGGCCGCAGCCGCUGCCGCCGGGCUGGGAGGUGCGGCGCGACGCGCGCGGCCGCGUGUACUACGUGGACCACAACACGCGCACCACCACGUGGCAGCGCCCCGACACGGAGCGCCUGGCGCGCUUCCAGCACUGGCGCGGCGAGCGCCGCCACGUCGUGGCGCAGGGCAACCAGCGCUUCCUCUACCCGCAUCCGCAGCCGCCGCACCAGCCGGACUCGGACCAUGAUCUCAACGCGACUGGGAGCAGUGGCGUGGCAGGCACGAGUAAUGCGGUGGUGGUGCCGGCGCCAGGCGCAGGCGCGAGUGCGAGCGCGGCGGCGGCAGCGGCGGCGGCGGCGCCCGCGGCGGCCGGCAGCGCGCCGGCGCCCGACGACUCGCUGGGCGCGCUGCCGGCCGGCUGGGAGCGGCGCGUGCAGCCGGACGGCCGCGUCUAUUACGUCAACCACAAGAACCGCACCACGCAGUGGGAGGACCCCAGGACGCAGGGUCAAGAAAUGAGUGCUCUUGAAGAGGCUCUGCCCCCAGGGUGGGAAAUCAGAUUUACAGAGGAAGGCACCCGAUACUUCGUGGACCACAACACUCGUACGACCACAUUCCAAGACCCACGGCCGGGCGCCCCGAAGGGCCCGCAGGGAGCCUACGGCGUGCCGCGCGCCUACGAGCGUUCCUUCCGCUGGAAGCUCAGCCAGUUCAGAUAUCUCUGUCAGAGCAAUGCACUACCCAGCCAUAUUAAAAUUACGCUGUCGAGACAAUCGCUUUUUGAAGAUUCGUAUCAUCAAAUAAUGAGGCUACCUGCAUACGAGUUGCGCAGAAGAUUGUAUAUAAUAUUCCGUGGUGAAGAAGGGUUAGAUUAUGGUGGCGUUAGUCGAGAGUGGUUUUUCUUACUGUCACAUGAAGUGCUGAACCCUAUGUACUGCCUUUUUGAAUACGCUAACAAAAACAACUACAGCUUACAAAUUAACCCCGCCAGUUACGUGAACCCAGAUCAUCUUCUGUACUUUAAGUUCAUUGGCAGAUUUAUAGCGAUGGCAUUGUAUCACGGGCGAUUUAUUUAUUCAGGAUUCACAAUGCCUUUCUAUAAAAGAAUGUUAAAUAAGAAACUUACUAUGAAAGAUAUUGAAUCUAUUGAUCCCGAAUUUUACAACUCUCUUGUAUGGAUCAAAGAUAAUAACAUAGACGAAUGUGGUCUCGAAAUGUGGUUUAGUGUCGACUUCGAAGUGUUAGGGCAAGUUAUACACCACGAGCUGAAGCCAUCCGGAGACAAAGAACGUGUAACUGAGACAAAUAAAGAGCAAUAUCUUCAAUUGGUCACUCAGUGGCGUAUGACCAGAGGAAUCGAAGAACAAACUUCAGCAUUUUUGGAUGGAUUCAAUGAGGUUGUGCCCCUAGAGUGGCUUAAAUAUUUUGACGAGCGUGAGUUGGAAUUGAUGUUGUGCGGCAUGCAGGAGGUGGACGUCGAUGAUUGGCAACGAAAUACUAUCUACAGACAUUACACUCGCACCAGCAAACAAGUUCUGUGGUUCUGGCAGUUUGUGCGACAAAUGGAUAACGAGAAGCGAGCCAGGUUGCUGCAGUUUGUUACUGGUACCUGUAGAGUUCCUGUUGGAGGAUUUGCUGAGCUUAUGGGAUCGAAUGGUCCACAAAGAUUCUGUAUAGAAAAGGUUGGAAAGGACACGUGGUUGCCUCGGUCUCACACAUGUUUUAAUCGACUCGACUUACCACCUUAUAAGAGCUACGAGCAAUUAUGUGAAAAAUUGAAUUUUGCUAUCGAAGAAACUGAAGGCUUUGGACAGGAAUAAUUUAAUUGUUAUAUAUAUUAUUAUUAUAGAAUCACUAAAAGUUAUUGUAAAUUAUUAUAACAUGAAUGCACCACCUCAAUAUGAGGAUUCAAUCACCAAUAGAAUUGGUGCUGUCAUAAAAAGACCAACCAAAUAAUUAUAUGAAUAUAUUUGUAAUAAAUUACUCUUACAUGAUAAACUAUGUAGAUAUUGUUAGUGUAAAUGUCGGUUGUUUAAGAAAUAUUUGUUUGAACUACACUUAAAACAAAGUUCUCCUAAAAGUUCAUUAAAUAAUUUUUAAACAGUAA